CAGCAAUAAAACUGGGGGGGCUGGCCGGGGGGGCUGCUGUUGUUUGGGACGGGCUGGGCAUCGGUCGGCUGGUGAUUGCCAUGAGGAUCACUUUAAUCAGCUUUGAGACCUGCUAAAGCUGUAGAGAUCUUUGAAGGACUACUGCUGUUUUCAUCUUCGUGCAGCUGGUGCAAGACGGAUCGAACAUCAUGUCUCUGUGCCAUCGCUGGAAGAGAUGCAUCUCUAUAGGACCCGUGUGUUCCCCCGCGGGCUACAAGAAGGCGGAUGAUGAGAUGUCCGGAGCCACGUCCUCGGCGGAUCUGGACGAGGCGCCAGCCCGCACCAUUUACGUGAACCAGCCCCAGCAGAGCAAGUUCCGCGACAACUGGGUCAGCACAGCCAAGUACAGCGUGGUGACUUUUCUACCUCGAUUCCUGUAUGAGCAGAUAAGAAAAGCUGCAAAUGCAUUCUUCCUCUUCAUUGCCUUACUGCAGCAAAUUCCAGAUGUCUCUCCAACAGGAAGAUAUACCACCUUGGUGCCAUUGCUAUUUAUUUUAACUGUUGCUGGCAUCAAAGAAAUCAUAGAAGACUAUAAAAGGCAUAAGGCAGACAGUGCAGUGAAUAAAAAGAAAACAGUAGUUCUAAGAAAUGGGAUGUGGCAGAACAUUAUAUGGAAAGAGGUAGCAGUAGGCGAUAUUGUGAAGGUCACCAAUGGGCAGCAUCUUCCAGCAGACAUGAUCAUUAUAUCUUCCAGUGAACCUCAAGCCAUGUGCUAUAUUGAAACAGCUAAUCUCGAUGGGGAAACGAAUCUUAAAAUACGACAGGGAUUGUCUCAAACUGCUAGUCUCCAGUCAAGAGAAGAACUGAUGAAAGUAUCUGGAAGGAUAGAAUGCGAAGGGCCGAACCGCCAUCUCUACGACUUCACUGGGAACUUGCGCUUAGAUGGUCAAAGCCCAGUUCCUGUUGGUCCAGACCAGAUCUUGCUAAGAGGUGCACAACUGAGGAACACUCAAUGGGUCUUGGGUAUUGUCGUGUAUACAGGACAUGAUACAAAACUAAUGCAGAAUUCAACCAAAGCACCUCUGAAGAGAUCAAAUGUGGAGAAAGUAACCAAUGUGCAGAUCCUGGUUUUGUUCUGUAUUCUCCUGGUCAUGGCCCUUGUGAGCUCCGUAGGUGCCUUAUUAUGGAACAGAACACACGGCGAGGUUGUCUGGUACCUUGGCUCCAACAAAAUGCUGUCUGUCAACUUUGGAUACAAUCUGCUGACAUUUAUAAUCUUGUACAACAACCUUAUUCCAAUCAGUCUUCUGGUGACAUUGGAAGUUGUCAAAUUUACUCAGGCUCUUUUUAUAAAUUGGGACAUAGAUAUGUACUAUCCUGAGACAGACACACCUGCAAUGGCCAGAACCUCAAACCUUAAUGAGGAACUUGGGCAGGUAAAAUACCUGUUUUCUGAUAAAACAGGUACGCUAACGUGUAAUAUCAUGAACUUCAAGAAAUGCAGUAUUGCUGGAGUGACAUAUGGUCACUUUCCAGAGUUGGAAAGAGAACGUUCAUCAGAAGACUUUAGCCAGCUACCUCCUUCGACCAGUGAGUCAUGUGAAUUUGAUGACCCAAGACUGCUGCAAAACAUUGAGAAUGACCACCCCACAGCUGUGCACAUACAGGAAUUCCUCACUCUGCUGGCUGUGUGUCAUACUGUUGUUCCCGAGAGACAAGGAAAUAAAAUAAUCUACCAGGCGUCCUCUCCAGAUGAAGGGGCUUUAGUGAAAGGAGCAAAAAAACUGGGUUAUGUCUUCACAGGAAGGACUCCACAUUCAGUUAUCAUUGAUGCGCUGGGAAAAGAAAAAACCUUUGAAAUUCUUAACGUGCUGGAGUUUUCCAGUAACAGGAAGAGAAUGUCAGUGAUUGUUCGAACUCCAGCAGGACAACUCCGUCUCUACUGCAAAGGGGCUGACAAUGUCAUUUUUGAGAGGCUUUCAAAAGAUUCCCAGUAUAUGGAGCAAACACUGUGCCAUCUUGAAUACUUCGCCACAGAAGGUCUGAGGACUUUGUGCAUUGCUUAUGCAGAUCUGUCAGAAAAUUCUUACAGAGAGUGGUUGAACAUCUACAAUGAAACCAGUACGCUUUUGAAAGACAGAGCUCAGAAGUUGGAAGAAUGCUAUGAGAUCAUUGAGAAGGAUUUACUGCUUCUUGGAGCUACAGCUAUUGAAGACCGCCUGCAAGCAGGUGUUCCAGAAACAAUAGCCACACUAAUGAAGGCUGAAAUUAAGAUAUGGAUUCUGACAGGGGACAAACAGGAAACAGCCAUCAACAUAGGGUACUCAUGCAGACUCAUUUCACAGAGCAUGUCUCUCAUCCUGGUCAAUGAGGAUUCUCUAGAUGCAACAAGGGCUUCUUUGACUCAGCAUUGUACCAGUCUGGGGGAGUCACUGGGCAAGGAAAAUGACAUUGCUUUGAUUAUUGAUGGCCAUACACUGAAGUAUGCCCUUUCAUUCGAAAUCAGGCAGAGCUUUCUGGACUUGGCACUCUCCUGUAAAGCGGUCAUUUGUUGCAGAGUAUCUCCUCUACAGAAGUCUGAAAUAGUAGACAUGGUAAAGAAACAUGUGAAUGCCAUAACACUUGCCAUUGGGGAUGGUGCCAACGAUGUGGGAAUGAUCCAGACAGCUCACGUCGGAGUCGGGAUCAGUGGCAACGAGGGCAUGCAGGCAACCAAUUGCUCAGAUUAUGCUAUUGCACAGUUUUCCUACUUGGAGAAGCUGUUGUUGGUCCAUGGAGCUUGGAGUUACAACCGAGUUACCAAGUGCAUACUAUACUGCUUCUACAAGAAUGUGGUUUUGUAUAUUAUUGAGCUUUGGUUUGCUUUCGUUAACGGAUUUUCUGGGCAGAUCUUAUUUGAGCGAUGGUGCAUUGGUCUGUAUAAUGUGAUUUUCACAGCAUUGCCACCCUUCACUCUGGGAAUUUUUGAGCGAUCGUGUACUCAAGAUAGCAUGCUUAGAUUUCCACAGCUAUACAAAACCACUCAAAAUGCAGAUGGGUUCAACACAAGGGUUUUCUGGGGUCACUGCAUCAAUGCCCUGGUCCAUUCCAUCAUUCUCUUCUGGUUUCCAAUGAAAGUGCUGGAGCAUGAUGCUGUAUUCACAAAUGGGCAGGGAAUUGACUAUUUAUUUGUUGGGAACAUAGUUUACACUUAUGUUGUAGUCACUGUUUGUCUGAAAGCUGGUUUGGAAACAACUGCAUGGACAAGAUUCAGUCACCUGGCGGUCUGGGGAAGCAUGCUGCUCUGGCUGGUCUUCUUUGGCAUCUACUCGGCCAUCUGGCCCACGUUCCCCAUGGCACCCGACAUGCUCGGGCAGGCUGGAAUGGUUCUGAGAUGUGGAUACUUCUGGUUUGGCUUGUUUCUUGUGCCCACUGCGUGCCUUGUUAAAGAUGUGGCAUGGACAGCGGCAAAGCACACCUACCAUAAAACAUUGCUGGAGCAAGUUCAGGAGUUGGAGAUGAAGACGAGAGAGCUGGGAAAAGCCAUGCUUCGUGACAGUAAUGGAAAGAGUGUGAACGAACGUGAUCAUUUGUUAAAAAGGCUCGGCAGGAAAACUCCUCCGAGCCUUUUCCGUGCUCAUUCUGUCCAGCAAAGUGUAUCACAUGGGUAUGCGUUUUCCCAGGAAGAACACGGUGUUGUCUCCCAGUCAGAAGUUGUUCGAUCCUACGAUACGACCAAAAGGAGAACAGAAAUAGAAUAAAUGGUUCCUCACUUGAUGGGUGGUGGGAAUAAUGGGAUUUGGAUCGAUGCAUCCACUCUUAAUGCAUUCUUGACUAGGGCUGGCAACAGCAGCCAAAACACCAGAGAACUCAUUUCUGUGGCCUUAGCCAACAAGUUUCUGUAUUCUCCCUGCAAACCUUGAGUAUUUAUUGUGGGGGGAAAUCAUCGUUCGAAUUCAGUUGCAAAGCUCUGCCUAAAGUUUCGUUUAUGUUGUUACGAAGCAUUUGACUGUGCUCUGUGAGGUGUGAAAUUAAAAACAAUGUUUUACCACUAUUUAAAGCAUCAGCAUAAGGUUGUUCUGGGAGAAAAGUAGAAAAUUUAUGUUCCAUGAGAAAUCAGCCUUUGCUUAAUUGGAACGGGGUGCUGAGACUUCCUAUUUGGUUACAUCCAGACCAGGAGCACGUGGCUGCAUGCAGACCUUAUUCCCCGUAACAUUCACUGAUUACGAGAUUUUCAUUUAAAUUUUUAACAGACAAUUUGGUAUAAAUUUUAUUUAUUGCAGUGGAAACACAAUCUGUAGCUAAAAAUGCUUAUUUGCCUUCUCAGGACAGAAUAACACAAUAGCAAUGAAUUACACAGAAUCCUUCCUGCCCUCUUACAAGACUUAUUAGGGCUCUAUCUUAGCUUUCUGAAAACCGAUUAAUAGCUUACCCCCAAAGCCAGGAUGUGAAAGUUGGAGGGCUUGCCAGGGCAGCUGCAUUGAGUGUACAGCGUUCUGCACAAAAGUGAACUCAAAUAGGUAACUCUGCAGCUUGUAUUUGGCUGUGCUCUUCAGAUUUAGCCUGGGAUUUCCCUCCGUUAUCCCAUUCCCACUGUAACAAUAGAACAAAACAGAACAGAAAAGCUUUUCACGUUGUUAGGAAGAAGAGCAUGUGCAUCCACACAGCAGCCUACUGCUGCCAUCCCAAAGAGGCAUUCCUCUUGGACCCGGUAGGAUGGGCUGGCAGGGGAAAGUCAGGAAAGGUUCACACACAUGUGCCUGCACACACAGAGCUGGUCAUUGUGAAGAGGAGACGUGCUGUUUGUUUGUUCAGCCAGAGCAGUCUCUUUUCUAGAUCAGAUCCAUCGACAGGCUUCUGAUGCUUCCACUUUGGAGCCCUGGAAGGAAUGCUGGCUUCACCGACUCGCUGGGAGUGGGGCAAGCGUGCUGCUGCAUAUAUUGGAAUUAUGGAAAAAAAAAAAGAGAAAACAGGGGCAUAAGUUAAAGCUGAAAGAGCCCUUAGAAAGCUUACACUGUCCUCCAGACGAGUUCUAUUAAUUUUAGUUGCCAAGCCACGUUUCUGAAUAGCAUAAAGUAAAUAGUGCUGUGUUUUAGCCAGGUUUCAUGGUUAAUGUAUGUACUACAUCUGUGCGUUUAAAAAGUUGGCGCUGUGUUUUGCCCUAUUGACCAUCAUCCAUAACUUUUGUUGAUUUAAAUAUAUCCGAAAUCAAUUUGAAUGUGAGUAUUUAUGCUUAGCAAGGAGAGAGGGAAAAACAAAAACAAACCAAAACCAGCCUGGCCCACUGGCUUCAUCUUCCUGAAGGGCUGUAAGUAAAUGCCAGCACUCACGUGUGGCAGUUCAAUCCCCAGUGCCACCCAGAGUCCCCAGUCACGUUAAAAAGAAAGCACCAGGCAGGAUGGCUCUUGGGUUAGGCUGAUGGCACAGAGGGAAAAGUCAUCACCUUCUUUCUGCACUGCUAAUGAGACAAUUGUGCAAUAAAGGAAAAUCACAAAUAAUUUUGCCGUAGGCAUGAAUGUCAAGGGGCCAAGUGUGUGUAUGUGUGUGUGCGCGUGUGUAUAAUUUUCUGGGAGGUGACUUUUGUUUAAAGGCGGGAAUACUUGGGGAGAGAAUAAAGAAGGGGAGGCUAAACCUGAUCCAAGGAGCUUUUAAAUCUUAAUCCUGAUCUAACCUUUUAAACAGUCUCUUUUAUUUGGAAACAAUCUAUUUAGGAAAUGCAUGGUGUCCUUGAAACUUCUAACUGCUUCUUCCUUUUGUAACACCACAAGUAAAAUUAACUUCCCACUGAGACAAAGUGAGAUCAGCUUAGUCUUUAUACUCUAAGCCACACACUAAACAUUGGUAUGUAAACAAUUUGGAGGCUUUUCAUGAGGAUACUGGAGGAAAAAGAAAAAAAAAAACUUUUAAAAACCUCUGAAUAAUGAAGAAGGGCAAAUAAAUGUAUUGAGCAGAGAAUAGAAAGGAGCCUGAAGUCUUUUCUGUUCUUAACUUAGUGCAACAAAAGUUUUACAGAGCAUAAUGAGAGGUGCUGGGGAGGAGCAGCUGUCACCUGACGUGAUUUAUUUUAUUAGUGCAGACUAUGGGCUGUAUCAUUUUGACCUCUCUGUAAAUUGAGGUCAGUGAGUGUCACAAACACAACCCCUCCCUCGAGUGAAUGGUGGCUUAGGCCGAGGUACGUGUGUUGGGUGUCGGCUCGAUGGAAAUUGCACAUGGGGUUUGUCACACGGCUCUACAGUUUGUGACACCGGGGCUGGGGGGGCAGGCUUUAUCGUCACUGUACGGCCUGAAUCCCUAUCUGACUUAAUCCUGUGGAGCCCACCCAGGUCAAGACCCGGCAUUCUUCUUGUUCUUUGGAGUCAUUACGGGAAUUAAUCCGUUGUAAUUUGCUGUAGCCUGCCUGUUGGAGUUGCUGGCCAUCGUGAGCAAUGAUGAGGUGUAUUCCGGUGUCGUGUCAGCAGGAGAGGGGCAGCUGUGCUGUAUCAACAGAAUGCCUUGUUCAUUAACGCAACUUCGUGUAACAGUGACCUCUGAAAGCACUUCAUGGAAGUGUUAUCAACUAGGCAGGGUAUCGGAGCAGAAGGACUGGGAGCUUUCUGCUUGACUGUCCAGAUUUAACUACCUGGGGCUAAUCAGAAAAGAGUUUAUUUGGCAGCUCUCUGCGCUGACCGCAGUGGUGAGGCUUUGUUUUGGUUUGCUGGUUUGGUUUUUUUCAGUACUCGGGAAGAAGUGGUGAUUUUCCGAAUUAAAUCUGGGUCUGGUUGUUCUGUUUUGUAACACCAUAACCAUUAUUUGCUUAGAGGCUACUGUUCCUUCAGCAAUCGCCUAGUACCAAGUUAGAGGCGCUGAGCAGGAGUCGGAGCUGAGCACUGCUGAGAAACCUGUUGUCAUUUGUUUUUCCUCGACAGGGCUUCGGGUCUUGCUGUAGGGAGCUGGCGUGGGAGCUCCAUAAUAGCUUGUCAGGGAGAAAUGGCAAAUAACCAGUAUCUGAGUCAAAGUAAGCUGCUAAUGCAUCUAAAAUUGUGUGCGGAGUUAGCGUGAGCUGUAUGGGCUGUAAAUUAAGAUAACAGUCAAGCCUCACUAAUCUGCACUUCGCUAGACCACGCGCUUCCUGGUGCCUGCCAGAAGUGUGCAGGCUCUCCCUGCUUCGGCCAGCAGCUAACAGCAGAUGCUGCAGGAAAGGCUCCUGUUACUCAGACUGCAUUAUUUUUGCAGCAUGCACUCAAGUGUGUUUGCUGGGAGACUAUCAAUGCUCAUAAAUAAAGAAGAGAAAGCUCAGACGGACCAGAAGAAGUGAAAUGUGGGGACUGCGACGUGGUCAGAGCAACUUGGCCCUCUGUGGGCAACCCCAGGGCUUUGGGAGAGGCACGUGGUGCCCAUGCUGCCCCUGUCCUGCAGGCUUAUUUUGUCCGUUUAGGCUAAUGCACCCAAUCUAUGGUUUUGCAUCGCCUCCAGUCAUCAGUGCAGCGAUGCCCAAUUUACGUUCUCCUGUGGUUUUAUAAAUAACAGCUCCGUGUCAUUUUUAAAUACUCCAGCAGCUGUGCUUCUGCUGUUACACCUCGCAGCUCAGGUUUGAAGUGGAGCAGCCCUUGAGCAGGCAUUCACCUCCAAGAAGCACUUUGGAUUUGUCAGAUUUCUACCUAGUUUUAAGGCACUGAGGAUAUUUUACCCCGGUUUUGGAUCACUGCACUGUAUCAAUGCCUUAAACUCCAGCCGGUUUGCAGGGUGAGUUCUUUGUCUCUUGUUGAGCCUCACGAUACUCAGAGAUGAAAUGAAAUAUCGUGAUGGGUAUUUUCAACUACAUUGUCUUGGAGGAGAAUUUGGCUGUGCUAACGCUGUGCCUGAUGGAUCCACCUGGCAGUUUGCUUCUGAAACGUGGCACUGACAAUGUGUGUGUUGUGCAGUCUCCACACAGUUGGCCUCAGGCUGCCCAAAAGCUUUUCUCACCUUCCAGGACAGACCCUUGUACUCAUCCGUGUCUGUGCUGCAGCACAGCACCUCCUCGAGGACCCAGCCCCUGCUCCCUGCCCUGCUCCCAUGGGGUCUCCUGGGCACGGCUCGGGGCUGUCCUGCAGGCAGCUCUUACGGGCACAGCCAAAGCACUUACCAAAAAUGGAGAGUUUUGGAUUCAAAUCCAAGUGUUGUCCCUGACCAUAAUUUGCAAUUGUCACUGUGGGUAGUGAAGGGGUGUUUAAGGGGUGAAGGCUCAACAGGUCAUGAAGCUGAUGUGUACACAGCCCAUGUACAGGGGAAAAAAUCCUGUUGGAAUACAGUUAAAGAUGCUUUUCCCCACUUUCUGUAGCGUAGGUGAAAGGCUCAGUGCUUUGCUUGGUGAAACCAUAUGCAUUGAUUAGUUUUGUGGGGCUGGGACAAGUCGUCUCAGUUUGAUUACAGUUAACAUAACACUCUUGCCAUGUUAUUUGUGCUGCUCCUGUAAUACUGCUGACACUGUCAGAAUUGAACAGCUCUAGGAGGCAGAGCUCAGCUGCUCUUACCUGAGAGCUUCAUUAGCCUCAAAACCCCCUGAGAGCCUCCACGACGCUUACACACGUGUGACCAGAGCCAUGUGCCUGGAGGAGGCACAUGGUCUGCUGGUCUGGGAACCUGGGUCUUGCUGUGACGGGGUUUGAAGGCUGAGAGUUGGUUCAUAUUAAUGCAGGGCCUACUGAUUUGCAGCAUGGACAAAAGGUAAAAUAGCUGUAGUCUCUCCAAAACCUUCCUUUAUGUACAGUGGUGAGACAAGUUGAAAUCUGCUGGGCUUCUCCCUCAGCAUCUCUACAGAUACCGAAAAGAAACCAAAAUGGGUAAAGGACAAACUGCAUGCGGGCGAGCCCCCAGCUCUGGGCAGUCAUGCUUAAAUCUAACGAUGAAGAAAAGCCAGAUAUCUUGCCAGACUGUCACUGUGCGUAGCCGUGAGGUCAGCACCCUUGUAAUUACCAAGUGGUGGAGCCAAGGGAGACAAAGCCAACAUUAACAGAAAGACGUGAUUAUUUUACAUUCCGACCACCUUACUGGGUGGCUUCCUGAGAAGAUGUUCCAGAUGUUGUCUCGGCAUAAAUUAAUCUGCUUCAAAGCAUCUGCAGGGUUUCUUCGAAAACAUGGAAUGUAACAGGCGUUGUGUGAGCCCGACUUUGCCCUCCUGGUUGAUGUUUUUAUUCGGGAGGCGAAUGCAAGUGUUUGCUGUCCUUACCCUCGGCAGCCCAUAGGCUGGGAAGUUGCCCCAAGUUGGUUCUCAGCUCUUUUAAAAAGGGCUCCAGAUGCUGUGCGCAGCCGAGCCCUCUGGGACCGCGUGUGCAUGUGUGUACUGGAAGAGUUGUUCAACACAAAAAACCCUCCUCCUGCCCCCAAAGUGUGGCCCGUGUUUCCAGGAGGUCAAAUAUUCGGCUGCUUUGAGUGACGGGCUCUUCAGCAGCAUCUUUUUUCAUCAGCGCGCCAAGUCGUGUGCCCACUUGUCUGUCAUAUCUGUGCUCGGAUUGCUUAAAUAUUGUUACAGAUGGGGAGGUUUUAAUCUGGAUAUGCAGAGUGGAGUAGUGCUGUGGGGGAAUGUUUAAUUGGCUCCCAGCAGAGCAGUGAGAGCCGUGGUGUGUGGGUUUUUUCCUCCAGAAGUGUUACCAUUUUCACGUCCUAUUAAUGUCCUCUGGUAGUUUCAAUACUGCAGCGCAUUACGGUGGGGUUUGUUUCCCUCCUGGACUGAAUACAAAUGAAGGUCAUUUACUCGUAUUUUUAGAGGGUUCAGAAAACUUAGCAAAUCUGUAGCUUUGAACAGCAUUGUUGACUGUCAUAUGUCUGCACAAAAAUAUUUCCAAUAAACCUUUUAUUAAAGCAA